CGGUGGCACGAGCGCUGUACGUAUGGGCAUGGCACAAGUGAUAGUGGUGUGUGCAGGGGGCGGGAGGACUGCCGAGCUGGAGAAGCUCCCGGGGCUCCGCACAUGCAGCAGGAAGCUGACAGAUAACGCGCUGCCGCCCGGACUUGUGUGCGGCUUCUGACGACCAGCGACCGUUCCCGCGUCUUCAGCCCGGAGGAGAUGUAGCUCCUGUUGAUAGGAACAGUCUGUUUUAGAUGAAGUCGGGAGUCUUUCCAACAGUGUAUUUACUCCAUAAUGACAUUCGUUGAUAGUAGCCUUGUUAUCUCUUGGAUUCCCAUCAAUAAAUGAAUCUCUGGAUUCCAGUUAUAUUCAGUAUCACCUUAAUGCAAAGCUUUGAGAGUAAGAGGGACAAAGAAAGAGGGACGCUGAUAAGGAAAGAGCUGGACAUGCUUAAAAAAAAAUUGGAAAGCAGCAAGAACUGGAAAAGUAAAUAUGAAAGGGAUUUAAGGCUGUAUACUGCAAAGAUUGAUGAAUAUACUGACACGUGUACACAAACAAUUUUUGAUUGCUAUUGUGAAGAAUUUAAAGUAGUAGUGGAAGAGAUCAGUAUGACAGAAGAGGAAAAUGUAGCCAAGGGAAUAAGGCAUACGCUUAACAAUAUGUUAACUUAUCGUCCAUCAGAGAGUGAUAUGAUUGUUAUGUACGCAGCCGGCAGCAGCGAGGAAAGCUCUGAUGGUGCUCCUGGGCAUCUGCGAUUUCCCUGUGGGAUCCAUCAGUCUGCCCCAAUUUACAGCUCGUUUCUGGGGGUCCCAGCCGAUUUUGAUUAGGAGACCCUUUUAACAAUAUCAGUAGCAAUAUCAAGUGUAAAUGAUUGGCAGUUGUAAAAAGUGCGAAGAAUAUGAAGAGAAAUCUUUUCAGGAAUUUUUAAAUAGCUUUCAAUCAAUAACCCAAAAAAUGAAUGUUAAAUAGGAAAAACCUUCUAUCUCGGCAACUGCAUCUGAAGAAACAAUGGAAGGCAUGAGAAUGUACACUUUAGACUAACAGGAUCACACUGAUGUUUUUUCACAGCUUUUUUCUUUCUUUAUUGUUACAUAAAUAACAGUUUUCAAGUUUAAGGGGUUGUCCAAGAUUGUGAUAUUGAUUGCCUAUCUUCAGGAUAGCUAAUAAAUUUCUGACUAGUGGGAUCCAACUCCCGGCACCCUCAGUGAAUGCCAUGCCCUCUUUCUAGGGCAGUGAUGUCAUGUGGCCUAAACGCAGCUCAGUCUUAUUCAAGUGAAUGGACCUAAGCUCUCGCUAAACAAUGUACUGUACUGUGCUUGCCACAUCUCAGACAACCCUUUUAACAUUCACAAUAAUUUGAGAACCUGACAGAUCUGAUUGAAAGUGAACUUGUCAGGUGAUUUCUGCUGCUCUGUUUCAGAGAGGGAUAUGUAAAUUCUGCCAGGACUCCUAGAAGAGACAGUGAGAGUCCUGAUAAUGCCCACAGAUGAUGAACUUGAUAGGUUCAGUUUAAGUCAAUUUGUAAGGUCUCUGUUGUUAUAUAUUAACAAAUGAUCCAUCAGAAAUGGAAGCCUUGAUGGUAAUAUCAACAAAGCCUUAGGUGAAAAUCUGAUUGUUGCCAGCUUAAUGGAAACUUUUUUAUAAAAUGCACAAAACUUUUUAUAACUUUGUAUUUUUAUAUGCAAUAAAUUUCAAUUUUGCUUAGUAA